AUGAAUCUAUACAAGACGAGAGGCAGCUCCCACAGCUCCCACAGCUCCCACAGCUUCCACAGCUCCUACAGCUCCUACAGCUCCCACAGCUCCCACAGCUCCCACAGCCUCCACAGCCUCCAGAGCUCCCACAGCCUCCACAGUUCCCACAGCUCCCACAGCCUCCACAGUUCCCACAGCUCCCACAGCCUCCACAGCCUCCAGAGCUCCCACAGCCUCCACAGUUCCCACAGCUCACACAGCCUCCACAGCCUCCAGAGCUCCCACAGCCUCCACAGCCUCCAGAGCUCCCACAGCCUCCACAGUUCCUACAGCUCCUACAGCUCCCACAGCCUCCACAGUUCCUACAGUUCCUACAGCUCCCACAGCUUCCACAGUUCCCACAGCCUCCACAGCCUCCAGAGCUCCCACAGCCUCCACAGCCUCCAGAGCUCCCACAGCCUCCACAGUUCCCACAGCUCCCACAGCUUCCACAGCUCCUACAGCUCCUACAGCCUCCACAGCUGCCACAGCUUGCACAGCUCCCACAGCUUCCAUAGCUCCCACAGCUUCCACAGCUCCCACAGCUCCCACAGCCUCCACAGCCGCCAGAGCUCCCACAGCUUCCACAGCUUCCAUAGCUUCCACAGCUUCCACAGCUUCCACAGCUCAGAUUGUUAUUCAAUGUCAAGGUUAUUGUUCAGCUGA